CAGUGGGCCUUUCUAAACUUGAAAAGCUACUACUUGGUAGCUCUGCACCACUGGGCAAGCCUCAGAAACUCAAUGAGAAAAACACUUUAGAAAGAGAAACUUGACUCUAUCAUGUAUACCACUGGUUCCAGGGGCCACUCCCCUGCUUUCGUGCAGCCUCAGAAUGGAAACAGCCAUCGCUCAUCUGGCUAUGUUCCAGGGAAGGUUGUUCCACUGCGCCCCCCUCCUCCUCCAAAGAACCAAGCCUCAGCCAAGCUUACCUCCAUCAGACAGGAAGCACGGGCCACCUUUGCUGUCUCACCCGAAGAACAGCAAGCCCAGAGAGACAGCCGGAAGCAGAAGAGACACAAAAAUACAUUCAUUUGCUUUGCUAUUACCAGUUUCUCCUUUUUUGUUGCGCUUGCAAUCAUUUUAGGAAUAUCCUCAAAAUAUGCUCCAGAUGAGAAUUGCCCAGAUCAGAAUCCUCGUCUCAGGAACUGGGAUCCAGGACAAGAUUCUGCAAAACAAGUUAUUAUAAAGGAAGGAGAUAUGUUCCGUCUGACCUCAGAUGCCACAGUGCAUUCUAUAGUUAUUGAAGAUGGAGGACUGCUUGUAUUUGGGGAUGAUAAAGACGGAUUCAGAAAUAUUACUUUGAGAACUCGAUUCAUCCUGAUAAAGGAUGGGGGAGCGCUUCAUAUUGGAGCAGAAAAAUGCCGCUAUCAGUCCAGAGCGACAAUCACCUUGUAUGGCAAGUCAGAUGAAGGUGAAAAUAUGCCAACAUUUGGCAAAAAGUUUAUUGGUGUGGAAGCUGGAGGGACUCUGGAGCUGCAUGGGGCACGGAAAGCAUCAUGGACAUUGCUGGCAAGGACAUUGCCUUCUUCGGGCUUGACCUUUGGGGCUUACAGCUUUGAGAAGGAUUUUUCCAGGGGUCUCAAUGUGAGGCUCAUUGACCAAGACACGGGCAAGAUUUUGGAAAGUCUGAGGUUUGAUACUCAUGAGUAUCACAAUGAGAGCAGACGACUUGAGGAAUUUCUCAGGGUCCAGGAUCCCGGACGGAUCGUUGCGAUUGCUGUUGGAGACUCAGCAGCCAAAAGUCUCCUACAAGGAACCAUACAAAUGAUCCAGGAGCGGCUGGGCAGUAAGCUGAUUCAAGGCCUGGGCUACAGGCAAGCUUGGGCCUUGGUUGGUGUCAUUGAUGGUGACAGUACAUCUUCCAAUGAAUCUGUGAGGAACUAUGAAAAUCACAGUAGCGGAGGAAAAGCUCUAGCCCAAAGAGAAUUUAAUACUGUGGAUGGUCAGAAGUUUGCUGUGACAGCUUAUAGUGAAUGGAUUGAAGGAGUUUCCCUUUCAGGAUUUCGGGUGGAAGUUGUAGAUGGGGUGAAACUUCAUUUGCUGGAUGAUGUUAGUAGCUGGAAAGCAGGAGACCAGAUUGUGGUUGCAAGUACAGACUAUUCCAUGUACCAAGCAGAAGAGUUCACUCUUCUCCCCUGUCCUGAAUGCAGCCGAUUCCAGGUCAAAGUCAAAGAAAUCCCUCAGUUCCUGCAUAUGGGUGAGAUCAUAGAUGGUGUAGAUAUGAGAGCUGAGGUUGGAAUCCUUACUCGGAAUGUUUUGAUUCAAGGAGAAAUGGAAGACUCAUGCUAUGGUGAAAACUUGUGUCAGUUCUUUGAUUAUGACACCUUUGGAGGACAUGUCAUGAUAAGUAAGAAUUUUACUUCAGUUCAUCUCUCGUAUGUGGAGCUGAAACACAUGGGGCAGCAGCAGCUGGGACACUAUCCAGUUCAUUUCCACCUGUGUGGCGAUGUGGAUUCUAAAGGAGGGUACCGAACUGGCACACUCGUGGAUGGCCUGUCCAUCCAUCACAGCUUCUCCCGGUGUAUCACAGUGCAGGGCACUAAUGGCUUGCUGAUCAAAGACACCAUUGGCUUUGACACACUAGGCCACUGUUUCUUCUUGGAGGAUGGUAUUGAACAGAGAAAUACUUUGUUUCACAAUCUGGGACUCCUCACCAAACCAGGCACCCUUCUCCCCACUGAUCGGAAUAAUUCUAUAUGUACCACCAUGCGAGAGAAAGUGUUUGGGAAUUAUGUUCCUGUACCUGCCACUGACUGCAUGGCUGUUUCAACUUUCUGGAUUGCUCAUCCCAACAACAAUCUGAUUAAUAAUGCAGCUGCAGGCUCACAGGAUGCUGGAAUAUGGUAUUUAUUUCACAAGGAAGCUACUGGGGAGUCCAGUGGAUUGCAGCUCUCAGCAAAGCCUGAACUCACCCCAUUGGGCAUCUUUUAUAACAACAGAGUCCAUUCAAGUUUUAAGGCUGGCUUAUUCAUUGACAAGGGUGUCAAAACAACCAAUGCUAGUGCUGCUGACCCAAGGGAAUACCUCUCUUUGGAUAACAGUGCAAGGUUUCGGCCUCAUCAGGAUGCAGACCCUGAAAAGCCACGUGUUGCUGCUUUAAUUGAUAGGCUCAUUGCCUUUAAAAAUAAUGACCAUGGAGCUUGGAUCAGAGGAGGGGACAUCAUUGUGCAGAAUUCAGCAUUCGCAGACAAUGGAAUUGGACUGACCUUUGCCAGUGAUGGAAGCUUCCCAAGUGAUGAAGGUUCCAGCCAGGAAGUGUCUGAAUCACUCUUUGUAGGGGAGAGCAGAAAUUACGGCUUUCAUGGUGGCCAGAACAAGUAUGUAGGCACUGGGGGUGUAGACCAGAAAUCUCGGACAUUACCCAGGAAUAGGACAUUUCCAAUUAGAGGCUUCCAGAUUUAUGAUGGACCCAUUCAUCUUACUAGAUGCACUUUCAAAAAAUACGUUCCUACUCCAGAUAGGUAUACCAGUGCUAUUGGCUUUCUCAUGAAGAAUUCUUGGCAAAUGACCCCCAGGAAUAACAUUUCCCUUGUGAAAUUUGGUCCACAUGUGUCUCUGAAUGUCUUCCUUGGAAAGCCUGGCCCCUGGUUUGAAGACUGUGAGCUGGACGGUGAUAAGAACUCCAUAUUCCAUGACAUUGAUGGCUCUGUGACAGGAUACCAGGAUGCAUAUGUGGGACGGAUAGACAACUACCUGAUUCGCCACCCAAGCUGUAUAAAUGUGACCAAGUGGAAUGCAGUGGUGUGCAGUGGGAGCUAUGCCCAGGUCUAUGUACAGACCUUGAGCACUCAGAAUCUUUCCAUGACCAUCGUCCGAGAUGAAUAUCCUGCCAACCCCAUGGUGCUCCGAGGCAUUAACCAGAAGGCCACCUUUCCACAGUACCAGCCUGUGAUCAUGCUGGAGAAGGGAUACACCAUCCACUGGAAUGGCCUGGCACCACGAACUGCUUUUCUAUACCUCAUAAAUUUCAAUAAGAAUGACUGGAUUCGAGUUGGCCUCUGCUACCCAUCCAACACAAGCUUUCAGGUCACCUUUGGCUUUUUGCAGCGGCAAAAUGGCUCAUUAUCCAGAAUGGAGGAUUACGAGUCUGUGAGCUCCCUGGAAGAGCUGCAGAGGAAGCAGUUUGAAAGGAAAUUCUAUUUUGACUCUGCCACAGGGCUAUUAUUUUUGUAUCUCAAAGCCACAAGUCACAGGGAUGGCCACAGUUACUGUUCAUCUCAGGGUUGCGAAAGAGUCAAGAUCCAGGCAGUAACAGACUCAAAAGACAUCAGUAACUGCAUGGCCAGAGCAUAUCCACGGUAUUACAGAAAGCCAUCAGCACUCAAGCCAAUGCAGUCCAUGCUCCAAGGUCUCUGCCAGAGCUGUGGGACCCAGCAGAUGGUGUUUACAAGUGAUCCUCAUAAAACCUACCUCCCCGUGCAAUUCCUGUCCCCUAGUAAAACAGAAACUCAACGUGGAGACCCGUCUGUUAUUUCUCUCAACGGCACUGACUUCCCCUUCCGAACUGCUGGUGUCUUGAUCCUCCUUGUGGAUGCCUGUACUGUUCCCUUCCGGUUGACAGAAAAGAAGGUUUUCUCUCUGGCUGAUGUCAGUAACAUGGAAGCGUAUCUAAAAACAGGCAUUCAUCCAAGGUCAAUCAUCCUGUUGAGCACAAGAGGAGAAAUAAAACAUUGGAAUAUUUCAGAUUCAUUAGUACCUCUGGGAUUAGCUAAACCGGCUCAUCUCUCUAACAAAGGGAGCACCAUAUUUUUGGGAUUCAGUGGAAAUUUUAAACCAUCAUGGACUAAGCUAUUUACCAGUCCUGCGGGCCAGGGCCUUGGGCUGCUUGAACAGUUCAUACCGCUGCAGCUGGAUGAAUAUGGCUGUCCCCGUGCCAGCACUGUCCAGAGAAGAGAUCUGGAGCUAUUAAAGCAAACUUCAAGAGCACAUUAAGAACUAAUUGUAACUUAAGUGCUGGGAGUUGGGGGGGGGGGGGAAUGUGAACUAACUUAUUUAAUUUAUAGUAUUUUAAAAAAUGACACUGUUAACCUAAGGGAACCAUUUUCUUAUCUUGUACAGAAAGGAGGAUAAAAGAGUUUAAAGGGAUUGCUUGAAUGCCAGCGCAUGCACCUUCUAGUUGUACAAAAUGUUAAAGAAUCUAUUUGUAUUGUUAAGUCUGGUCUAUUAGGAGAGAGAUUCUGGCAUGCCUCACCUUCCACCCCCAGGUUGUGUAAGGACCACAUGCAGUAUUUUGACCAUGCAUAAUGGACUGUGGGAUAGAAAGUCUGAGUCAGCCUGAAUCCUUAAGAGCAUUUCUCAAACUUUUCCUGACCAUAGACCCCAUCCUAACCUUAUUUCCUUCCCAUCCUUUCCUAGUCUUGUGCAGAAGAU